UUUAUUUAUGUUAUGUUAUUUAUUAAUUUUAAAUUAAUUUUACUUCUAUUAAUUUACUAUAAAAUAGUUUGCCAAGAAAUGUCCAUAUGUAUUUCUUGUUUGAAAUCUAAAAACACGAUAACGUCAAGAUGACUUCUGAAAUUGAUGUUUCAAGAACAAAUGAAUUUCAACGACGUCGAAAGCUACGACUUCAACAGGUCAGGGAACAGUCAAAAGAUAUUGCUAAGAAAAUACGACAACGCGCUAAAGUUGAAAAGUUACGGCAUGUUAUAAACGUUGACGCAAAAAAGGAAAAGGACUAUUUUGAUUUACAAGAAAAAUUGGUUGGUCGAUUGGAGCAAUUGUAUUCUCAAAGCUUGGAAAAUGUCGGGGCUGGACAUAAAGACGCGUCUAAUGUAAAAGAAACAGAUACAGAACAAAAAAAGGAUCUAUCGAAAUUGAGGGGAAGAGAAGCUGUUGCAGAGCUUCGAAAAAGAAAGCAAGAAAAAUUGGAUGAACAGAAGAAAAUCUUGGACAGGAAAUUACAAGCUAGGGAGGUUGCAAAUGAGAUUAGUAGGGAAAAGGGUGUGCUACUAUCAAAGACUUUAGGGUCCAAGUCUGCUGACAAUCUACAAUCAAAUAAUAUAGAUGUUUGUAGUGAUAAUAAAGAAAAGGACAAGAGUUCAGACAAACUCAAAGACACUGAUGAUACUAACAUAGCUAAAAAUGAUAUGGGUACCCAAUGGGAAGGCGAUGAGCUUGUUAAUGAAUGGGCACCCUGCGUUCCUGCUUUAUCACUACCAAAGGACAAAGAUAGUUCAAAAGAUUCAGGACAAGACAGAGAAAAAUCUGACCAUAACAAAAGGAUAAAUUUAUUUGCCCUUAGUGAUGAAAUGCCCUCCAGCCUGAGGGGUGGCCCAUCAUCUUCAGCCAUGAAUAUACCUCCGCAGAAACCGUCAAUGACUCUUAUCUCUGAAUAUUUGCAAAGCAGAAGUUUACGUUUGCGAGAGAAUGAACCCGUCUCAAGCUCAAAGAAGACAGAUGACUUGCAGAGCAUUAAGCAAACUAUUCUUAAGAGUCGGUCAUCAAGACCUGAUGUUUCAGGUAAAUCAGACAAAUCUAAAAGUGAAAGAGAUAAUGUUCUUAAUAGAAAAGCUUCUGUCACCAUGUACAAUCACAGCACAAGAGACACCCGCGAAGUAUUAUACAACAAAGAUAAACUUGUUAUUCGCGAACAAAAUGCAGCUGAUGAUGAUGCUUACACCAAAGCUUUGAAAGAGUCCUCCAUAAUUGAAGAUGUGGAAAGCAAGGAACUUGACAAAAAGAAACAAGAAAUGAGGAAUAAAGUAGCAAUGACAAAAGAAAAGGUUGACAAAGAAUACAAGGAUACUUUGGCAUUUUUGAACACUCUCUCUAAAGACACAACUAGUAGGACACAGAAAAUAGCAUAUAUGGAUAGUGAGAGGCAGCAAAUGCAAAAAGAAAAACAUCAGAAGAAGAUGCAAGAAGAAUUUAGAAGGAUAGAAAGAGAGUGCAAGCGGAGCUGUAAGCAUACAAAAAAUCAAAGUAGGUGUAAAUCUAGAUCACCUGAUAAAUUUGACAAUAAUAAUGACGUCUUGCCAAGAAACUUCCAGUAUGAUUGGAUGCCAGUUCCAGAAAGUGACGGGAAGUACGCUGUACACACAAUACCAAGUACGACAAAUGCAAAAUCAAAUAACACAGUUAAAUUUAACGAUGUCGACACUUACCAUGAAUACAGGUCCCGUCACAAACAUACACCUCCAACAAAAGAAGGAAGUAAAGACAAGGAAAGAAAAAGAGUUGUUGAAACAGUUGUAAUAGAACAAAAUAGUAAUGAAUCAACGGACGCAUCUUCUGUUAUUUCUGACGCAAGUUCCAUGGAACAAGUUGACAAAAUAAGGACAGACAACGAUCAUUCAGAUGAUCCUAGACUCUCAGAUGGCGAUAGAAUAGUGAUUUACAAGAUUUUAGAUUCAAAAAGAGACAAAAAAAGUAAAAAUGACAAGAAAUCGAAAGCCAUUAAUAAAAUUUUCAGAUCUCUAAGUAUAUCAGAGAAGGCUAAAAAAGAUGAAGUUAGAGAAAGAUCUCAAGAUCUAAAGGAAAAGAAUGUCACAGAUAAAGAUGAACAAUCAGCUCUCGAUAACUUGAAAGAAGGUAUCUACAAAGUUAGCGACAAUGGGGAUAACAUUGCUUCUAUGUAUUUCACGGAAAGUAAUCGGGACACAAGCAAAUCUAAAGUUCCAGAUACAACACAGAGAAUACAAGAUAGUAAUAGCUCCAAGCACGAUAAAACUCUAAAUGGUUUCGAGCCGAUGAAAGACAAUGAUACUGCGCAAUCUAGGAAUCAACACUCUUGUUCGGGAUGUAAAUGUGCAUGUUCAAAUGCGAAUCAGCCGCAAUCCUCAGCUGCUACAUCCACUUCUUCAUUCCAAACUGCUACAAAUGAUAAAGCUCCAAGGGGACUAACCGAUGACGGCUUUUUAAAAAUUAUUAACGAUGGGCAACAUGAUGCCGGUAAAUUUUACAUAGGUGCUUCAGGUUUUCUCAAAGACGAUAACUACGAAGUUGUAAUACAGCUUAAAAAGAAAGAAACGGAAAAACUUGGAGGCAAAAGCCAAGAAGUAAAUGUGAACGUCGUAGAUGAUGCAGCACCACCACCACCAUCUAAUAUCAUAUCAAAAGUCGAUACUGAAGUACAAUCGUCUUUUUGUGACAAUUUAAAAGAAAGUGCGGCACAAACUUCUAUCAAUAAAGAAUUAACAACCGGAGAUAAAAUAUUAUCUCAAUCAAAAUCAGAGCCUGUUCUAGUUACACGAGUGGCUUCUUCGGAGCAAUUGAAAUCGCGUGAAAAAACCCUAGAUGGUGACAAAGAAAAUAAUAAUAAAUCUGAAACAGCAGUCGACAAAAGUAUUCAUACAUCGUUUCACGAUUCAUUUGCGAUUCCUGAGCAUGUAACUAAAGUGGAUCCCGUAUCAAGACCAGCGACUUCUACAUAUACACAAACUUCAUUUAGUUCGCCAAAUUCACGACCCGUAUUCAUGCACAUGACUUCAUCUACUUCAACAGCAUAUAUGAGUCCACCGGAGCUCAUUAUACCGCGUUUUUUGAAACAUCAUUCUCCUUCAAAUACUGCUGAUUUUCUGAUUAGUGAUAAUUACAAUAAAUUGAAUGAACAAGGAUGUAAAAAACAAAAUAAACAUUGUAAAUCGAAACAUUCAAGAAGCAUUUCUACAGAGAACGUUCGUAAAUGUCAGUCAAAACAUAUUUGUAGCACCACCGAUACACCACCAAAUACGGCUCAUAGCUGUGAUUAUAACAGAUCAUGGUCGGAAAAUGUUGAAUCUGAAAAAUAUACACAUGUAACACACAGUAAAAAAUGCAGAAAAUCCCAUAAAUAUAAAAAUAACGUCACCUUACAUAAAAGUUCAUCCAAAUUUGUAUGUGAUAGUAACUCAAAUGCUCUACUAUCUAACAAAAACAUCCAAAAAUUAUCCAAUACUCACCAAUUUAGUUCUACUAAAGGUGGAUUUAACCCUGUUGUUCAGCAGUAUGUGAACAAAUUAUUAACACUAAAUAAAGAAUCACUUAAAGCCAUCCAAGUCGUCAAUCAGGACUGUAGCACAGUGGACACACCUGGAAGUUCAAUUAUUUACAAUCCUUCUAAUACCGCUGGAAAGGGCUUGCCUAUACAAAAUCAAAUAUCUCUAGAACAAAUUAAAAUGAUGCUCGAGCAGCAAAUUAUUCGAGAGCAAGAAAAGAGGCAACAGAAAUAUUUUGAAAUGCCACCCAAAUAUAUGUUUAGAUUACCUCGUAAAAAACCGGUGCACAAAGUUAAAUCUUUCAAUAUUUCAAAGCGUAUUUUGAGAAAUAAAAAUGUUCAAGAGGUAAGCACGGUACGUCACAAAAAAUAUAAUAAAGCUGAGUCAUCUUCUUCUUUGACAAAAGUAUCUUCUUCAAAACAGUUACAUUUAGAUAAGAAUGAGUCUGAUGUUUUAGUGACAAAACCUAAAAAUCGAAGUAGUUCGCCGACUCCUAGAAAGACUAAAAAUUAUGAUUCUAGUAGUAUUAAUAAUGCUAGUAAACCACGAAAAAAAGAAACUUUUUUUCAACAUGCUUCAAAUUACUCUUCUGAUGGAACUCAUUGUAGUAAAGAGGAUUAUAAACUUCAUCUAGAUAGAUGCACAAUAACGCCUAUGACCUCUGAUUCAGAACGGAGACAAAGAAAAGUUAAGAACACUUCUCAAAAUCUUCCAACUGAUAUUUCUACUCAAACAAGUGGAAUCGAUAGUGAAAUUAAUUUUAUGAAACUAGCCGAAAACAAGCUUCAGAAUAUGGAAAAAAUUGCUGAUUUGACUGAUAAGUGUACCAAGCGUUUAUCGAAUUUAGCUAAAGUUCUAGAAGAAGUAAGGCGCAAUAAAUCUUUAGUAUAUAGCCAUUUGUCAAAUUCCGAUACUACAUCCGACUCUGAACCCAAGAAUAUAAAAAUAAAAGAAAAUGUGCCGGAAUUAUUACCAAAAGACAUUAUACAUGUUCCAAAGGUACCUUUGAAUUUCCAUGAAAAAGAAAAGAUCGAUGGAGAUAACUAUGUACCUUUACUUGGAGAUAUCCCUAAGCCUCUUACACCCUCAACACUAUCAUUAUCAACCAUAAGUGAAAAAUCAAAUCUACCAACAAACAGCACAGACCAGACUAAGGUGAAAGCAAGACCACCUCCUGCUUUAACGCGCGUUAAUUUAAAAAAUGUACAAGAUUUUUAUGCUAUUCCACAUGAAUUGUCUACUGUCCUUGAAGUUGAUUCACCAAUGAGUUUAAAACAGAAAAAUCAAUCAUCACGUCGUGAAAUAAGCCAAGAAAUACCAUGUAAAAGUAAUGAAGAUGAUAAUGACAAACAAUUAAACAAAAUAAAUGAAACUAAAACAACAAAUGAUACUGGUGUGGAUUUAGUAGAUAGUAAAGGAGACUCUUCUAAACGCCACUCCUCAGAUUCGACUGACAAUGCUAAAAUUCAAAUGAUGGAUAUGAAAUUAUUUAAUGAUAUCAUGCUCAAGCCAUUUUUGAGUUUACAAGACUACGCGAAGCAAUGUGAUGUUCGUAUCGACGAAGGGUCAAAUAUAGAAGAAGUUUUUAAAGAAGACCACAUACAAGAAGAAUUAAGUUCUUUACAUUCUGAUAGUAGUCUACCUGAUGUUAUCUCUGAGUUACUCAAAAGAAAAAUUAUUACCGAGCCAUUUAAGUUUGAUACGGCAUCACAUGUCAAUAGCACAAGCAUGUCAUCUGAAUCCUCUUUAUCCCUUUUAGCCCUAUCUAAAAUCCGCAAGGAAAGAAAGAAAAUUAGUAAGUUAGCUAUGAACAAAGAAAAUAUGGCGGAGACAUCAGAAACUUUAAGCAUUUCUUCAAACCCUGAUUUAGAAAAUGCUUUUCAGAAACUAGGCAUGGGUUGGGCUUCUUCUACAUUAAAAAAGACUAAAGAGCGAUUGGCUUUAUCUUCUUCCUCGAACACUUCUAGCUCCAGUUUAAGUCACUUAAAAUUUAAAAGCUUCAACAAGGAAAUACCAACUAUAACAACUGAAUCUACAAUUUCAGAACAUAAUGAUUCAAAUAAAAAAAUCCGCCAACCGAGAGGUGUGAUUGAUAAUUCGAAAAAUGCAGAGCAACAAACAUCCUUGGUAAAUUCCAUGACUGUGAAGGAGUUUUUGACAAACGAACUAGCCAAGAAAAUCACAUUUACCAACAGGUCUAAUAAAGGAGGCGAUGACGAAUUUGUGUCUCUGUAUGAAACGAAAAUGCCAGAGGAGAUAAAAAAUACAACGGAAAUAUGUGAGGAUGAAAAAUCGUUGGCAAGCCAGAGCAAUAACAGAGCAAGGACAUCAACUCCUGUCCAGAUUUAUAAAGCAAACACAUACCAAUCGUCCUCUAGCACAAAUACAUCCAAUGGAUUGUUUAGUAAUGCAGAUGAACUCUCUUCAGUGAAAGUUACUUCAACCUCCAUACGAAAUCAUUCCACUUCUGACAAGGAAGAUCUGACCAUUCCAAAUUACAGCCUUAAGAGAAAGGGCUUAUCUGAUUGUAGUAAAAGUGAAUAAUCAGUAAUGAAAUUUAAAUUAUUUGUUACAUUUUUUCUGUGAUUAUUUAAAUGAUUUUUUUUAUAUGUAGACAUUUUGUUGAUGACCUGUUUAGAUUUUUAUGUAUAUAAAAUAACGAAUUUAUAGUGGAAUAAAAUACAUGUCUAAAAAAUAAA